AUGCUGGGAAUGAAUUCUGAUGAAAAAAAACGACAGCCCGCGACUGCCACACUUUUGCAGCCAAACUGCCACUGCUUACCACUUCGGCGAAACAGCACAAGUGCUCUUCCUGCUAAUACUCCUCCGGUUGUAGCGACGUCUAAAAACGAUGCUAGACGACAUCGUUUUUUACCUCAGACCCCAGAAUGUACAAGCCAAGAAUGCUCGUGUUCAUCACCAAGGUUUUUACCUACCAUACCACCAGAGACAUCGCUAUCUUCACACCCGGCAGUUUCGACUCAAUCAUAUAAUUUUUUAAGCCAUAUUCAUCAAGAUGAUCAUCAACGAAAAGGAAGACGUCUACCACAAAUACCCGUGAUUAUAACUGCAUCAAAAAAUGACAGCAGUGAUAGUGAUAAUGUUGUUGAUGGUUUUCUAAAAGUUAGUCACGAUAGCAAUAUCACUACAAGACGGCGGCGUUCCACCGGUGAUCAAAUCAAUGUUACGACUGGUAGCAACAGUAACUCUCCCAACAUCAACACAAUUGAAUCCGAAUGGCCAAUGGCAACGAAUAUGCAGCGAAAAUAUUCACAGUUUCAGAAUACGUCAACUAAUGAUGAUACUCAUUUAUCAUCUGCUUCAUUUAAUAUUUUUGGUGAAACGACAGCACAGUUAUCGCAGUUAUCAUCUCAGCAUCAACAUCUACAGAAGCAAUCUGAUUCAGGAAAAUUACGAAGAUCACGAGAUUCUUUAGAUCAGUCAAGUGGUACUUCAUCUAGUACUAGCUUCUUUUCACAAAGUUCUUCGGUGUCACCAUCCAUUGAGCAGGUUUUAUUGAACAUUUAA